ACUUUUCUUCUUCUUACGAUUACCAUUUGAUGGAUUACCACAGUUAAAUCACACACACACAAACACACGGUAUCUCUUAAAAAUGUUGGCGAUGUUAACUGCUGAUUGGUUUCCUUUGGGACGAGACGUAUACUUUAGAAAGUUUGAACUGUAUCCACUUUCGUUCCAACAAGAGGUUUCAAACAACAAUUUACUUGUGGCAGCUCCUUAUGGAGGUUCCAUUGCGGUCACCAAAAAUCCCAAGAAAUUUGUUAAAGUUCAGGGAUCAAAUAAAUCCAUGAUUUAUUUAUAUACCUCUGCUGGAAAACUAACAGCCAAGUUACAAUGGAGCGGUGGCCAACUGAUUAAUUUUGGCUGGUCCCAGCAAGAAGAGCUAUUAUGUAUCCAAGACAAUGGCUUAGUUCACAUCUAUGACAUGUUUGGUACAUACCAACAUGCAUUCACUAUGGGAAAUGAAGUACAGGAUACCAAAGUAAUAGAGGCAAAAUUCUUUGUAAGUUCUGGUGGAACAGGUAUUGCUGUAUUAACAUCCACUUAUCACAUAUUCCUAGUAAAUAACAUAGUUGAACCAAAAGUUAGACAAGUAUCGCAAGUUCCAGGAUACGGAGGGCCGAUAGAUUGUUGGUGUUUAGUACAUUCCAACAGAGAAACCCAAGUAAUUUUAUCAAACAAGGAUGGAAUAUUCAUAGUACACCAAGCACAUCAAAGUCCGACUCAUAUACCAUUUGCCACUCUCUUUACGACGCAGAAUAAAGUGAGUUCCGUCGUGGCAAUGGCUGUUUCUGGAAAUAAUCGUCAUAUUGCUCUAUACGCCGAUACUGGCCAGUUGUACCUAGGUUCUAUAGAUUUCAAGGAGACAUAUUGUAACUACUACGCAAAUACGAAAGAAACUUUAUCGAACAUAGCAUGGUGCGGAACGGAAGCGGUGGUUUGCAGCUGGGACAGUACCAUAAUGGUCGUUGGACGUACAGCUGAGACGAUAGUAUACACUUACGAUGGUCCAGUGCAUCUUGUUACAGAGAUCGAUGGCAUACGCGUGUUAUCCAGUUCGUCUCAUGAAAUGAUACAGAAAGUACCAAGUGUCGUUCUGAAAAUCUUCCGAAUCAAUUCAACCGAUCCUGCAUCUUAUCUUUUGGAAGCUUCUGUACAAUUCCAGAAAAAGAGUCACAAGGCUGAUAGUUACAUAGACCUGGUGAAAUCAAAGUUAGACGCAGCGGUAAACGCUUGCAUCGGCGGUGCUGGUCACGAGUUUGAUUUUGAGACGCAAAAGCUUUUAAUGAGAGCAGCCAAAUUUGGCAAAGGAUUCAGCAAGACGAUCAAUGCUGAAUAUUUCGUCACUAUGUGUCGAACGCUGAGAAUUCUGAAUGCAGUGAGGCAUCCUGCGAUUGGAAUUCCAUUAACAUAUGCUCAAUACACCGUUCUAACGAGUCAAGUGCUACUGGACAGACUGGUUGCGAGAAGGCACUACUAUUUGAGCAUACAAAUAGCAAGACAUCUCAAACUACCCGAAAUCGAUGGCGAAAGCCGAAUACUAGCUCACUGGGCUUGUUACAAAGUGAAACAAACACAACUGGACAAAGAACAAAUAGCAGAAGAAAUAGCUGAUAAAUUAGGAUACGCGCCUGGUGUUUCCUACAGUGAAAUUGCGAAGAGAGCAGCUGACUGUGGUAGAAAACAACUAGCAAUUAAACUGAUAGACUACGAGCCACGUGCACACCAACAAGUACCGCUCCUGUUAACUCUAGGCGAGGAGAGAGCUGCUCUUCGUAAAGCUGUCGAAAGUGGCAAUACUGAUUUAGUUUACACAGUGAUACUUCAUCUCAGGCAGAAGAUGACGCUAGGCGACUUUCAGAUGUACAUAAAGCAUUGUCCUUUAGCAAUGGCGUUAUAUGUGAAAUACUGUCAGAAUCAUAAUCGGGAAACCCUUCGAGAUAUUUAUAAUCAAUACGAUGAUUUUCAUUCUCAAGCUGUAUGGUUUAUUACCGAGAGUUAUCAACGAAAGAAUACAAUGACGCGCGAGGCGUUACUCCAAUCUGCUCAGGAAAAUUUCAAAAUGGCUCGUAAUGACACGAAUGCUGCUUUGACGGAAGAACAAAUCAAAUUAUUGCGUUAUCAAAGAACUCUGGAAGACACGUUACACAAAUCGAUCGUUGGUAAACCGUUGCACGAUACUGUAAAGUUGUUACUGUUAUCCAAGGAAUUAAAAUUAGCAGACAAACUGAGGUCAGAAUAUCGAAUACCAGAUCGAAGAUAUUGGUGGUUACGUAUACAAUGCUUAGCGGAGAAUAAACUAUGGGAGGACUUGGAAAAGUUUUCCAAGAGUAAAAAAUCUCCCAUAGGUUAUGAGCCGUUCAUAGAUCAGUGUUUGAUAUAUGACGAGCACAAAAAGGAAGCGAAAAAGUAUUUACCUAAAGUAAAGGAUGAACUGAAAGUGAAGUAUUUAGUUAAGCUGAAAAUGUUAAAUGAAGCAGUCGACGUAGCCGUAGAACAAAAAGAUGCUUCUGCGUUAACUUUCGUGUUAGCACAAUGCGAACCAUCGAAUAGGCAACUGAUCGACAAAAUUAAUAUGUUCUUAACGAGUUUCAGAAAUUAAUGCUCGACUAUUUCCAUUCAUUUUUCUGAAUCUUUGGUUGAACAUCGUAUUUGUUCGCAUAGAUUUAUGAAGAGUAUCGUUAGGUGCAUUUAAAGGAAAAUCAUUAUUUUCCGAAUCGAUUUAAACCAAGGUACGACAGCGUGAUAUAGAACGACUAAAAAUUCUUUGAAAUUUAUUAACAUGUAAAUAUUAUUACAUAUAAAAUAAUAGAAUCAGAUUUUUAACAAAUUUUUUUAAUACUUCAGUAAUGGAAAUGUACUAAUAUAAUAUUAAUUAUCGAU